AUGGAGAAGUUCACUGAUGAGGAAAAGGCGUGUUACAAAGAGUUGAAUGCGUACGACGAACUUGAUCGUCACACAAAUGGUCUUUUAGAAAUUUGGUCGGACUUAGUCACAGAGUAUUCCUUUAAUACCAGAACUUUCUAUCUAACCCGAGAUGAGUGCAAAUCGAUAUACCAAAGAGGAAUCCAUAACAAAGUACUUCGCAUAGUUGGUGAGAACAAACAGUACAAAACUCAAGAAUUUGACGACGCUCACCUGGCAGUAGUCAAACAAAAAAUAGACGCCGAAAUAUCACAAGCGCAUUGGAAUGGCUACUUCGUUCGUUUAGGAACACGAAGCCCAAAAGACGCUUUUACCGAAAAAAUGUUUUUCGAUUUUUCAAAAAAUUUGAAAAUGUUAUUUACUGCACGAAUAGAGUCUUAUCAUGGCCAAAUUCCCGAAAAUUGGGCCAAAACAUUUUCCGUCUACGAUUAUAUGGAUUACUCAAAGGCGCGCUUCUCUUGUUGGAAAUGCAAGACGAGUGAAGAGGCACUUUCUUUAUUUACAAAUUCGGAUCGAGUAUUGAAUGACAUUGAACGGAUUUUAAAACUCGAAAUUGACCCACAAAAGUUUGAGGUUUUGGCCUUGCGAGAGUGGUGUGACGAAUUAGAUCCGUGGUAUGAAUUCAGAGCAGUUGUCUACAAGGACAACUUAACCGCAUUGACUCAAUACGACUCAAGAUUUGUGUUGGACAAUGUUAUUCAAAAUCCAAAAGAAGUUGAAGAUGUAGUCAAGACGUUUUUUACAAAGGAAUUCAAAAGAAACUUUUGUGAGAAGCGCGACAAACUGCAAGAAGAAGAGAGAAAAAGAUUGGAGAGUUACGUUAUUGACUUUGCGUAUUUGCAAAAGACCAAAACAGUGAAAGUUGUCGAGAUAAACAGCUUCUGUUCACUGUGUGGAGUUAGUCUUUUUAAAUGGGAAAAAGACAUUUUAGUACUUUUUGGGAAAACCCACUUUGAGUUCCGGUAUAAUACUACAGCGCCUGACAUCAAUUGGAAUUAUGAAGUGAGCGAAAACAGUUUGAAGAAAUGUUUUGAAAUCAAAAACGAAGUUUAUAAUCAAGUAAACAAACAUUGCCAAGUCGUUUGA